AUGGCGAAACGUAAACUGACUUCAAGUGAGGUUUUGCAGGCGAUUUUGGACAAUAAUUCUGAUCACGAUUUUAGCAGUACUGAAGAAGAUUUUAGCGACAAUGAUGAUCAGCAACGUGCGCUGCAUGAUACUGUGAAUGACGACGCAUCGGAUGAUAGCGAUGAGUGGGUGUAUCCGCAGCAUCUCAACUGGACUGCUGCCCGUGGUGAACUACCAUUUCUGUAUCCAUUUGAGGCAACGUGUGGGUUUACUGUUGAUGUAAACAAUUACACUGCUAAACAGUUUUAUGAGCUGUUUGUGUCACCUGACUUGAUCAGACAUUUUGUUCAUCAAACAAAUCUGUAUGCAGCACAGUUUAUUGAGAAAAAUCCCAAUUUACCUCCACAUUCCCGUGUUCAUGCUUGGGUAGACACUGAUGAAAACGAAAUGAAAAAAUUCAUUGGGAUUUUGAUGUUGAUGGGAAUAAUCAGAAAACCAGAUAUUGAAAUGUACUGGUCUACAGAUCCUAUGUAUGCAACACCUAUUUUUGUAACUAUCAUGAAACGUAACCGAUUCUCUUUGCUGCUGAAAUUCUUUCAUUUGAAUGACAACAGCAAUGAGCCAGAUAAGAAAGAUCCAAACCGUGACCGCUUGUUCAAGCUACGUCCUUUGAUUGACCAUUUAUUUGAAACAUUUCAGUUACCCUACGUACCAGGCCCGUCAGUUGCAGUUGAUGAAAGUUUAUUGUUGUGGAAGGGCCGCUUACAGUUUCGACAGUAUCUACCAUUGAAAAAGGCACGGUUUGGUAUCAAGAUGUUUUGCUUAGCUGAGAAUUCAGGUUACAUUUAUAGAUUUCGUGUAUACACUGGCAAAGAGGAUCCUAUGAGUAGUAUUUCAGCAGUGUUGCCAGACGAAUGUAAGGACUUUGGACUUUCAGAGAAGAUUGUUGUGUACCUUGCCCUACCACUAUUGGACAAUGGGUACACCAUUUGGAUGGAUAACUGGUACUCCAGUUGUAGGCUGUUCCAUUACCUUCAUCAUCGUAAAACUACAGCAUGUGGCACAAUUCGUUCUAACAGGGUCCCUCCAGAAGUUCGCAAUUCAGCGCCAGCACCGGGUCAGCACAUUGCAUACCGCAGUGGCCCAUUGUGCCUGAAAUUUCGAGACAAGAAAGAUGUUCACAUGCUAACAACUCAGCACAAUGAGUCUGUGCAGGAGGCUCCCCGCAGAAGAGGACGCCCAUCACCUACUAAUGUCCGUUACAAGCCACAAUGCAUCAUUGAAUAUAACAGCAACAUGGGUGCUGUUGACAAGCAGGACCAAGUAUUGGAACCCUAUUCGGCUGCAAGAAAAACUAUGAAGUGGUAUAAAAAGUUAUCAGUUCAUCUGCUCCAAAUGGCAAUGCUGAAUGCUCACAUUCUGUACCAGAAAAAUGGAGGCACAAAAACAUUUCUGCAGUUUGAACAUGACGUCAUUGCAGACUUCAUUUUCUCUGGUGAGGAACAACAUGCAGAGAGAGUAGAAGCAGUGGUGAGGCUCACAGAACGUCACUUUCCGGACAAACUCGAACCAACAACAACUUGGACCAAGCCACAGGCACGCUGUCGUGUAUGUUCAAAGAAGGGUCAACGUAGAGACGUCAAGACCUUCUGCUCAAAGUGUCCCAGCAAUCCAGGACUUUGUGCAGUUCCCUGCUUUGGCCUGUGGCACAGCAAACUCAAAUACUGGGAAUGA